ACUUAUUAACUCUUAAGCCAUGAAUGAUUGGAAAUCAUUGUGCAGUCAGAAUUCAUAGCUCCAGCCUGGAAAUUAUUUGGGAAAACCCAUGUUCAGGAAAAGGUUUCGGUUUCUCUGUGCAGCAAGCAUGACACCCCACCUAUUUCCUGAACAUGAAAACUAAACUGGGAUUAGGAUUUUGUAUGGGGGCACAUAGGCCCCCAAACCAGAGAUGAACCUGACAGUGUGUUUCUUUAGCCACCUGAAUUUGACAAAAAGGGGAAAGUUGCCUAGAAGGGAAGCAUGAUUUUGAAAAGCAGAUGUAAGUGUGAAGAAAAUGAAAUAGGAUUAACAUGAAGGCAUGAUUCCUGUGAAAGUAAAAACUAAUGGCAACCACAACCAAGCAGACUGAUUAGUGGGUACAGAUGUCGGGUGCUUCUGAAGAAAGCUAGGUGAAGAGGGAACAGAUUGUUCUUUACAGUUAAUCUUGUGCAUUAGGAAAGGUACCAACCUCUAAAAGUGAGGACUAAAUUGAAUGAGAAGUAAAUUCAAGGGGGCUGUUGAAAUAAACGUAUUGAGAAAGAGAGUGGUACCUCCUUUACAUAUCAGGAGUAAUAGUCCAAACAGUAUUCUCACAGCUCUUUGACGUGUGUUUUCUCCUCAAAUUAGACAAAUGUUACAUAUUCCAAAGGAGAGAGUACUGAGUUUGGAAAUACAAAGUCUAUCUCUUCUGCUUCUUCCUGAUUCUGGUACUAUCACAUGUUUUCAUAAGUAGUGUGGAUGAGGAAAUGGGGAAAGUACUCAUUAAGCUUUGUGAAUGACAUUGAGUUGAUAGGAGUUUUCUAGUGCACUGCAAAGCAACUCCUACCAGUGGCCAUCCCUAUUGAAACUGGUAAAUGAACUUGGUUAAAAUGGAUAUUAGAACUUUAAAUACCCUUGUCAAUUGGGAGGAAUAGAAAUAAAAAGUAAAAUCUUUGCAAGAGAAGUAAAAGGAUGGUUAAUGCUCUAACAGUAUUGAAAUGUAAAAUGGGCAAGUACAAAUAAAAAAGAUUCAGACAUUUAUGUAAUAAAGUCUAGGUUGAAUGUGAGUUGUUAAUGCUAUAUAUCCAAAAGUUCAUGUGAUCUAACUGCAAAGUAAAGUAACCUCCCUAUACCAAGACUGUGAGCAGAGAGCAGGAGCUAGCAGGGUCUAGGGUGCUAUGUUUCAGGAUGGGUAUCAAAUGAAAACUAGAUCAAGGAAAGCAAUGAAAAUUAUUUAAUGACUUGAAAAAUACAAUGUAAUAAUGUGAUUGACUUAGGAAUAUUACUAUAACUUGUCAACUGAAGUGUUGUCCUAUUACCUUGGUAGGCUAUCUCCUUAUUCCAUGUAUUUACAUAAUGCUAUUGUUGCUGUAAACAUUUUAUAAAUUUCUUCGUUAGAAAUCCCUCUAGAAUAUUUGGGUGUAUAUCGUUAAAGAGGGCAGACCUUUGUCCUGUCACAAGAUGUGGUCGAUUUUUUAGUAACAGACCAUUCAGAAUCAAAAAUGGUAGAUAAGGUGGGAGAUCAAAAUGGGUAAUACUGAUUGGAGUCAGAGAGAAGGUAGGAGCAGAAAGCAAGGAGCCUGGUUUAUUCUUGAGGCUGACAAACCCACUGAGGAAACACUUCUGAAAGAGGAGUUCCAGAAAUAUUUUGCAUAAUCACAGCACUGGUGGAAUAAGUUACUUCUAGCCUUCCAAGCUGUUUUGAAGAACAGUUCUUACUCAUUUACAUAAGCUUUGAAAUUUGUGUUUUAAAAAAGUCCUAUAACAUUAUAGUUAUGCCUCAAAGCCCUAUAUUAAAGAAUUAAUUAUUUGACCUGGAGGAAAAAAAUGCUCAAGAGUCUUCAAAAAUACAAAAGCUUAUUUUAGAAGAACCAUUUUCAUUUGUCAUUAAAUGCUGGGAUUUAAGUGACUAGAGGGAACAACUAGGUGAGACCAGUAGGAUUUAGUGUCACUAGGAUGUUAAACAUUGUUGUACAGAUAUGAAAGUAAAAUUCAAAUCUCUUCCUUCAGAAAGGCCUUCCCAGUUCACUUGUCCCAGGGUUUCCCAGUUCCUCUUUUACCAUAAAUGGUGGUGGAGAAGAAGAGCAGCCCAACCAUCCCCAAGACUAGAAGCAGACCCGGAUGCAGAGCCUACAGCCUGACCCAGCCGCCCGCUAUCGAAAUGUGUUGGAGGCACUCUGGAGGAUUAUAAGAACAGAGGGGCUGUGGAGACCCAUGCGGGGGCUAAACGUCACAGCAACAGGCGCAGGGCCUGCCCAUGCCCUCUAUUUUGCCUGCUACGAAAAGUUAAAAAAGACAUUGAGUGAUGUAAUCCACCCUGGGGGCAAUAGCCAUAUUGCCAAUGGUGCGGCUGGUUGUGUAGCAACAUUACUGCAUGAUGCAGCCAUGAAUCCAGCAGAAGUGGUCAAGCAGAGGAUGCAGAUGUACAACUCCCCAUACCACCGGGUGACAGACUGUGUACGGGCAGUGUGGCAAAAUGAAGGGGCCGGCGCCUUUUAUCGUAGCUACACCACCCAGCUAACCAUGAAUGUUCCCUUCCAAGCCAUUCACUUCAUGACCUAUGAAUUCCUGCAGGAGCACUUUAACCCCCAGAGACGGUACAACCCCAGCUCCCACGUUCUCUCUGGAGCCUGUGCAGGAGCCGUAGCUGCCGCUGCCACAACCCCACUGGACGUUUGCAAAACACUGCUCAACACCCAGGAAUCCUUGGCUUUGAACUCAAACAUCACAGGACAUAUCACAGGCAUGGCUAGUGCCUUCAGGACGGUGUAUCAAGUAGGUGGUGUGACCGCCUACUUCCGAGGGGUACAGGCCAGAGUAAUUUAUCAGAUCCCCUCCACAGCCAUCGCAUGGUCUGUGUAUGAGUUCUUCAAAUACCUAAUCACCAAACGGCAAGAAGAGUGGAGGGCAGGCAAGUGAAGUGAAGUAGCACACGAUGCAGCCAGGGGUCCAGCACUGCUGCGUCCUGCCUGCUCCAGCCAUGUUCUCGGUCUCCUGGCAUGCUCCAUCUGGCCUUGAGUGGAGGUGGAAGGAAGGUAGAGGGUUCUCCCCAGGCUAUUGGUGUUUUGGCUAACAUCAGUUCCGGCCAGCCUCCGUUGCCGCCACCUUUCCUUCCAGGCCCUAAGCAAGUGCAGCAAAGCACACCACAGUACCUUUGCUAAUAACCUUUCUCCAUCCUGGGCCUGAUGACCUACUCUAGACUGUUACAGAGGGACAAGCAGCUCAUUCCCCUGGUUCCUAAUAAAAAGCCUUUAAAUUACA